CCAUUUAUUUGAUUGACGUGUUGGUACUGUCAAACCCAGUUGUAAAAUAAUAAUUGUUUUAUAUUUGAAUAUGGGUUAAAUACGUGUAAUUAUUUUCUAUGGGAAGUUUAAGUGAACAGACAUAAUUCAUAAUAAUAAAUUAAUUAUCUUCCUGUCAAAAUCUCCAGUCAUGGAUGAGGAUAAAUUCGCUUUAGUAGAAAAAAUACUCAAAGAUGUCGAUAACAUCCUGUCGAAGAAUGCUGACUUGUGUUCUUUCGACAUUGUGCCCGUGGACUGCAAUUUUCAAAAUAAAUCACCAGUUUUGCUUUUGGAAAACUGUCUAGGUUUGGAAUCCUGGUGCAUGAAGCAUGUGUACAUGUACUGCUACUCGGAAUUAAUGGACAAAUACAUUGUAAAGCCAAAACGAAAAGUUGCCAAAUCAUCCGUCAACUCUGAGCGCUUGGAAAAGCUGCUUAAUGUGACAUUGCUUUUAAAUCCAGAAUUGAGUACAUUUUGGAACAAGCGGAAGGAACUGGUACUAAGGUUACUGUUGGAUAAGACUGCUGAGCUACGGUUUACAAAAUUAGUUUUGUCAAGAAAGCCAAAGUGUAACGAUGCAUUUUCCCAUAGGAGAUGGUUAUUGGAAGCAAUUUUGAAAGAUCAAAAUCUUCAAACAAAUUGCAUUGAGGCAUUGAUCAAUGAAGAGCUCCACAUUUGCCAAUUAUCUUCAGACAGGAGUCCAAACAACUACCACAGUUGGAAUCACCGGACUUGGCUACUCCACGCUCUUAAACUAGUUGAAAAGAAGUUUGAUCUUAAUUUCCUCUAUGUCAAAGAAUACAAUUUCUCCGAAGGGUGGGUGUCAAAGCACAUUUCAGAUUUUAGUUGCUUCCAUUACAGACAAUUCUGUAUUAAGAAUAUUUUUGCUAUAACUAAUGAACAUUGGAAGUCAUUUGAGGUUUCCAUAGAUGUGAAUCUUCGUAAAAGUUUUGUUAGAGUAUUAGCAAUGCAUUAUCCUAAAGACACAACCAUGCAGGCAUCCGAAGAGGAUUUAAUUUCAUACUCUGAAGAUAACCUUAUUAAAUUACUUCUAUGUUAUUCUUCAAAGAGUUGUGAUUGUAUUGCAGAUAAUGUUCUAUUGUGUCGGAAGUUGGAAAUAUUAUUUCAUGAACUUGUCUUAAAUAAUGAGUUAGUGAGAUUUUAUAAAGGUCAUGAAACACUUUGGUAUCAUCGGAGAUUUAUAAUACAUGAGAUUUUGUCUUCGAUGCAUGAUCAUUUCGGAGUAGUCAGAUUAAAUGGGGCAUUAGUGAAGGAUACCUGCAGAAAUUGCAAUCAUGAUGAUUUAAGGCAGAAACAGGCAAAAAUUAUCAGGUAUGACAGCAAUCGCAUAUAUUCUUGUGUGCUAUUUAAUGUAUUAUCAAGGCAUGAGCAGGAGUUUAUUGAAGAGAGGCAAAAGGAUUGUGACAAUUAUGCCGGUAGACAUGAGAAGUAUUUAAAGUUUGUUGAAGGUCUCAAUAACGUCAUGUAAAUUUAAAUUAUUAGGCGGGUCCACACAGAGCGCGCAUACGCGCGAGGCAAUUUCCUCACGCACAAACCGGCCAGUGUAUACAUGCCUCGGCACUGGCCGGUUUGUGCGUGAGGAAAUUGCCUCGCGCGUAUGCGCGCUCUGUGUGGACCUGCCUAUUGCCAAUAUGGGUGGAAAGAGUAUGAAUUAAAUAUAUUGUCUGAGAAGUAAAGUUGAAAAGCCUCAGCUGCAAUGGUAAGUAAAUGACUUAUAGUAAUACAUAUGUCAUUAUUUUCCAGUAGUAUCAGAGUAAUAUUUUGUAAAAGUUGUAUUUAGAAAAUGGUUUAUAUUAUUACAAAAUUAACACACAUACGCGUUCUUCGCAUUGAAUGUGUUAAAGCCCAGAGCACUCCAGAUGCGUGUGCACUUGAGCAUGCAGUAAAAUGUUGGAUCCGUGAACGCACACGUUUUCGCGCGUUUUCCUCGCCUGAGCGCGCCGCCUCGGCCGAGGCACGUCUACACUGGCCGGUUUGUGCGUGAGGAAAUUGCCUCGCACGUAUGCUCGCUUUGUGUGGACCCGCCUAAUGCACACGCAUCUGGUAUGCAAACGCCAUGGAAGAAAAGUAGGUUUAUAACAAAUUUUAUCCUGUAGAGUAAGGGUUCCUCCUAUAUAUUUAAGAUUAUAAUAAUAUUGGAAUUAAUAUAUGCAUUUGUACAUAUGAUUUAAUUAGAUUUAGUAUUUUAUUUAUACACGACAUCAUAAAGUGCCGCUUUAGUUAUAUUAUAAUACCUAUACAUUAUACGUGUGUAACGAUUGAAUUUUAACUUUUGUGCGCCAAACUAUAAGUGUCGACCACGAAUGGCAUCAUACCUAGCAAUAACAGCAAAAGGGGAAUUUUGUUAAUUAUUUUAAUUUGAUGGCAUUAAAUUUUAUGGAAAAUAUUAAUCAUAUAGGUAGAUAGUCGUAGAGCAAUAAUAACAGAAGGUACCUGUAAAAUAAACUUGUGGAGUUUUGUAUUGCAAAGUUUGGUCGAUAACCCUGGACGUCAUAUGUAUGACGACAUGGCUUCUUGUUAACGUGAUAGGAUGUUUUUGGCGAUUAUAAAUAAUCAAUAUUAAAGCCAAAUUAAAGAUAAUAGUACAUUAAUAUAGAGGCCGGGAAACGAAGGAUUGCAGGCCAAGUAGAUAAAGAUAGCCGAGCGUAGCGAGGUCAGAUACGGAUAUGCGGCCGGCAACCCCGUUUCUCGCCGAGAUUUGUAUAGUGCUUUUCUCACACUUGCAAUGAAAUAAUAAUAAAAAUAAGAUGAUGAUGAUGAUUGUUUCAUGUCCUAAUGUGAUAGGUUAUUCAGUGCGUGGGGUAUUGAAGUGGAACCGAAAUGUAUUUAUUUUGGCGCUACGACGCACGUCAUUACGCUUGUUUUUCUUUUUUUUCUUUUUUGUGUUUUUUAUUAUUAUUUUGGAGUUGUCAAAACCGGGAACGAAAAUUUGAUUAUUUUUGCGCUACGGCGCACGGUUUAGGAGAUACAGCCCUAUUAAACUUAUAAAGAUUUCUGCAUGAUUAAAAAAAAAACUUUAUAGGGCUGUAUCUCAUAAACCGUGCGUGAAAAAAAAAUCGAUUCCCUUUAGGAAACCCUGUAUUAUUAAUAAUCAAACAAAAAAAAAGAAAAAAAAGCAUAAUGGCUGAAUUUUGCUUAUCGGUAUUUUAUGGUUGAAUGUCAAGACGUGCCAUAAUUUGACGUCUAAAAACAAAAGAAAGUUGCCUUACAGGCCUUGGUCUGUAAGGCUGUAUGAAAUUCCUUUACAUAUCAUCUUCACUCAUCGCACCUGAUAGUAUUUCACCAUCGUAGUAUUUCCGGACGGAAUUUGAAGUAAGUCAUGUCAACAUUUGAUUGCGAGUUUGAGAAAAGAUAGUUUAUUAUUCAUGUAGGCAUAUUACAAUGCGCUUAUGAACGUCAAAUAAAGCUACGCCGUCUCUAACCCUAGACCUCUGACCCGAGGAUAUUUAAAUCCCCCCCUCAGGAGGAGGGUACCCCAAUAUGGGACCGGCAAGAAACUUGGCCGGACACAUCUUUUCAAAACGUUACAUCUUAUAAUUAACAUGCAUUAAUUCAUUAAUAAAUAAUAUGGACUGAAGGAUCUGUUCAUAAUUCUUGUCAAGAUUUGUCUGGAAAAGAUCAUUUUUAGCGAGAGGACCGCCAUUAUUCAUCCUUAAAUUUCUGUAUUUUUGUAUUGUUUUCGUUUAUUGUUGUACGCAAUAAAUAAUAUUUUACUGUAAUAUAUUAUCAUCAUCGUCAAUAUAUUAGUCGAAGACAAAUCUGUUAUACAACAGGAGUCAGUAACUUCCAAAAUCCAUCAAAUUAAAUUUAAAUUGUCUCCCUAAAUUUAUAUACGCUGAUUUUCAUAUAAAGACAUCGAUAAUUUAAAUAAAUAAGUUUCUGUCA